ACGUCGAGUGCGGCCAGGGGCCUCUCGCGCUUUCCUAGUAAUCACGCCAGUUGCCUCUGGGAUUCCUUCGUAUCGUGUUGAACGAGAGACUUAACCGAUUCGCGCCGUUUUUUCGAUAAACUGAUAAAGAAUCGGGCCGAAUCGCGAGGAUAUCGAAUCUAUCAUCGCCUGGCGAGGCGUUAUAUAGUCCACGAGACGACAAAGAGACCGAGGGCGAGAAAGAGAGAGACAGAGAUAGCGCGUUGGGACGCGUUGGAAAUUUUUUCGAUUCGAGUGUGUGUGUGUGAGAGAGAGAAAGAGAGAGCGAACGAGAGAGAGAGAGAGAGAGAGAGAGAGAGAGAGAGAAGAGAACAGUCGAGCUAAAGCUAAAAGGGCUUCAAGCGACAGAGCUGCGAAAACUACGCACCGAGGCGGAGUAAUAUGAGUAAUGCAGCCAACCAGAAUGGAUCAGGUCUAGAGCAGCAGCUAGCUGGUCUGGACUUGCAGGGCUCCCGCCAACCAAGUGGGGGCCGCUACGUUCCACCGCAUCUUCGUCAUAAAGCUGCGAGUAACCCACCCUCGGAUUUAAAUUACUCUUCCAACUCUAGACCAUUUGGAGAUAGAGAUAGAGGAGGAGAUCGCGAUCGCGACCGAGAAAGAGACCGUGAUCGAGAUAGAGGUAGGGGCGGUUAUCGAGACUCGCGGAGUCCUCGCGACGUUGAUUUUGCGAACUUCGGGAGCUUCGGUGGGCGCAAUAGGCGCAGUCAGGAAAAUGGAAGAGAUUAUAGAUACUCCAACUCCGAACGCGAUCGACCAAUUAGCGGCAAUGAUCGCUGGCAGGAGCCUAUUAGAAAUGAUCGCUGGCAAGAUAACAGAAAUGACAGAAUGGGCGGAGGAAGAUGGGGCGACGACAGAGGCGGAAGAGGCGGUAGAGGCGAGGUCGACUGGACGAUCCCCACUGCCAGGGAUGAGCGAUUGGAGCUGGAGCUGUUCGGCUCUGGCAAUACUGGGAUCAAUUUUAGCAAAUAUGAGGAUAUCCCAGUUGAGGCUACCGGUGAGAACAUACCACCACACAUCACAUCUUUUGACGAGGUUAAGCUGACAGAGAUAAUAAAGAAUAGCAUCGCCUUGGCAGGAUACGAUAAGCCUACACCGGUACAGAAGUAUGCGAUACCGAUCAUCAUCGAACGCCGUGACGUGAUGGCCUGCGCUCAAACCGGAUCUGGUAAAACAGCGGCCUUCUUAGUGCCAAUAUUGAAUCAGAUUUAUGAGAGCGGGCCGCGACCACCACCACCGCAAGCAAACUCCUCCGGCAGGCGUAAACAGUAUCCGUUAGGUUUAGUGUUGGCUCCCACGAGAGAGCUUGCUACACAGAUAUACGACGAAGCACGAAAGUUUGCAUACCGAUCGCGUAUGCGUCCCGCAGUCGUAUAUGGUGGUUCCAACAUAGUAGAUCAAAUGCGCGAGUUGGAUCGCGGUUGUCACCUACUUGUGGCGACGCCUGGGCGUCUGGUGGACAUGCUGGGACGUGGUAAAAUUGGCUUGCAUAAUUGCCGAUUCUUGGUACUUGAUGAAGCAGAUCGCAUGUUGGAUAUGGGUUUUGAACCGCAAAUAAGACGUAUCGUUCAAGAGGAUAAUAUGCCACCGACUGGAGAGAGACAGACUCUCAUGUUCUCUGCUACUUUCCCAAAAGAGAUUCAAAUGUUAGCCAGAGAUUUCCUCAGCAACUACAUUUUCUUGGCAGUUGGUCGCGUGGGAUCGACUUCCGAAAAUAUUACACAGAAGAUAGUAUGGGUAGAGGAACAUGACAAACGUUCAUAUCUACUUGAUUUACUACAAGCUAGCAACUUUUCAGAUCCUACUGCUGAGUCACUCACCCUAGUGUUCGUGGAGACUAAAAAAGGUGCUGACAUGCUCGAAGAAUACUUGGCCUCAAUGGGAUAUCCGGUUACUAGCAUUCACGGUGAUAGGACUCAACGCGAGCGAGAGGAAGCAUUGCGUCGGUUCCGUGCGGGCAAAGCACCGAUUCUGGUCGCUACCGCAGUGGCAGCACGUGGUCUCGAUAUACCUCACGUUAAGCAUGUCAUUAAUUUUGAUUUGCCCGGUGAUGUUGAAGAAUAUGUUCAUCGUAUCGGUCGUACCGGUCGUAUGGGCAAUUUAGGUUUGGCCACAUCAUUCUUCAAUCAUAAAAAUCAUAAUUUGGUACGUGAUUUGGUAUCACUGCUUAUCGAAGCCAAUCAGGAACUUCCACCCUGGUUGGAUGAUAUGUAUACUGAAGCGAGAUAUUCCGGAGGUGGAUCUCGACGACCAGGUGGCAGCGGCGGCGGCGGCGGCGGUGGCGGCGGUGGCACCAAAGGACGCUUCAGUGGUGGCGGCUUUGGUGCAAGAGAUUAUCGUCAACAACCCAGUUCUGGGUCUGGUCGUAGUAAUGGUCCCUCUAGACCUGGUGGUUAUGGAGGCGGUUAUUCAAGUUACGGAGGUAACUAUAAUAAUUCAUCGUACAAUAAUUCCACUAAUAAUGGCAACAGCGGCCCUGAUUGGUGGGGAGCAUGGGACAAGUAGACAAUUAUUUCCAUCUCUAUUUCUACUUCUAUCAUCAUUAUUAUUAUUACUCUACACGCAAAUUCAAUUAUAUGUAAGAAAGACAUCAUGUCUGACACUACAUAAAUGUGUUUUGCGCGCGUACAUGUACACACACAUGCGCAGAGUACAGACAGUUUUACGUAUUCACGUUUUUUCGCUGACUGCCUGUGCACUCCAAGUUUUUGGAUGAGAAGCAAAAAAGAAAGAAUACUUAUGUUUAAAUUCCACUAUAUUACAUUUAUUCGUGAGCGAUAAAUUGACAAAUCCUGCGUGCAAUUUAGUAUUCGCGCCGGUGGAUCGCCGGAGAAUAUUUCAAAUAUGAAUGAUCUCACCAUAAAAAGUGCGAGUGUCGUAAAUAGGAUUUGUUGAACACUUAUUAGUUAGAGGUCCAUUUCGUUGCCGUGCGUGCUGAGAAACACAAGUAGUAUAAUCAUUAAUGAAUCAAAUCAGUAAAUCGUUAAUCCCUGUUUGAAGGGAAUAACGAUGUAACACAUAGUAGCUGAAGAAACUUAGUAAAAUUUUUUAGAACUCCUGUCGAGACUAUGGGGCUCAUCGUAACUUUAUUAUUUACAUAUUCUUUUUUUUUCUUUCAUAGGGAGUGCGGUAGGCGUAUCUUCGGUAAUUAUAGCGUUUAAACGUUUGACUAUUGUAAAACAUUUUAAUGCACAAGUAUUUUAUUGCCUUUGCUACCAUAAUGGCCAGUAAAAGUCAUGCAGUUUCGUUCAAAUGGAUGGCAUAAUUCUUUAAUUAUAUAUGCACGUUUAUCGCCUAGGAUACGCCAAAUUACC